UUGCCCGACCCGAACACCUCACCACCACGACACACGCACCACUCCCAUCUCACACACGCGCACACAUACACACACACUCUUUCUCUCUGCCCGCCAUGGCGCAGACUCUUUCUAUGCAGUCGCGUGUCGGUCGGAGCAAUCAACGCUAUGGCUCCAAGGGAGAACGUCUCGUGGCUGGCAUCGUGCCGCUCUCCUCGGACAAAAACUACGUGCUUCUGAUACAAUCCACCCGUCGUGGAGGCUGGGUACUCCCCAAAGGUGGUUGGGAGACGGAUGAAGCGACGGCGCAACAGGCUGCCCAACGUGAAGCCUGGGAAGAAGCUGGCAUCAUCUGCAAAGUCACCUACGAUCUUGGUUUAAUUGAAGAGCAACGUCGACUCGACCAGCUGUCUGCACAGGCUCCAAAAGCAGCCUACUAUUUCUUCGAGGCCAUUGUCGAGAAGCAAGAGACGCAGUGGCCGGAACAGCACAAGCGAUCGCGACAGUGGAUGUCCUAUUCUCAAGCAGCGCAGGCGUUGGCGGGAAGGCCCGAGCUGCUCGCUGCUCUGAAUCGCUGUACAAUGCAUCGACAGUGAGAGAGAUGGAAGCACUGUAGUAUGGUGGCAUGCCUGUUUUACUGCAUAUCCCCCUCCCCCUUUUUUUUUAUUAUGUCUUGCAUGCUGCUCAUGAUACCAAAGAGCUUGCCUUUUCUGCCAUUGUUUAUCUCAAAGUCAUUUGAAGUUCACGUCUCGACCCGAUAUACUCUCGGCGCGGUCCAUUUGACAAGCAAGUAACACACAA